UUGGACUAUAGAAGUUGGAAGUCUUUUCCGCUAGAGCGGCUACCAAGACAACUCACUUCCCUUCGUUUGGCGCGCUGGGUGUUGUGGAAAAGGAAAGCGAGAAGGGCUUCGGAGCAGCAGAAGAGUGAGAGGAGUUUGCAGUCGCAGAGACCUAUCUGUUUUCCAAUGCAUUCUUUCAUCAGAUGAGUUCACCAAAUAAAGCAAUUGAGUUACAGUUGCAAAUACGACAAAAUGCUGAAGAACUUCAAGAUUUUGUGAAAGAUUUGGAAUCAUGGGAGAAGGAUAUUAAAGAAAAAGAUCAUGAUCUAAGGCAUCAGAGUGGCACUGCCGAAAAAGAUUUACCCCCAAUUCGGAAGAAGCUUACAAAAAAAAGGAAGAGCAAAGUUAAAACAGACUCAAAACAAACAAGUGAGGAAAACAAAAAGAACAAGAUAAAAUCUUAUGAUUAUGAGGCUUGGGCAAAGCUGGAUGUGGAUAAGAUACUUGAAGAAUUUGAUAAGGAAGAUACCACUCAUGAUUCAGUGUCAGAUUCUGAGGAAGAUGUAAUUCACAUUUAUACAGAAAAAGCUCUUGCUGAGAAAGAAAAGGGCAAUACUUACUUUAAACAAAGAAACUAUGAUGCUGCAAUAGAAUGCUAUACAAAAGGAAUGAAUGCAGAUCCUUACAAUCCAGCUUUGCCUACAAAUAGGGCAUCUGCCUUUUUUCGGCUAAAGAAGUUUUCUGUGGCUGAAUCUGAUUGCAAUUUAGCCCUUGCCUUAAACAAAAAUUACACAAAGGCUUAUAGCAGAAGAGGGGCAGCUCGUUUUGUCUUGCGAAAUUUUAAGGGUGCCAAAGAAGAUUAUGAAAAGGUUUUGGAAUUGGACCCAAACAACUUUGAAGCGAAGAAUGAACUUAGGAAAAUUGAGCAGGCUCUCUUGUCAAAAGUAAACUGUCAGGCUGAAGAAACAGAUACUUUUCGGAAAGUGGAAAUUACAGAAGAUGAACUGAAACAAUUGGAGGAGGAGCAGUUGAAGCAAAAGGCUAUGGCAGAAAAAGAUUUGGGCAACAGAUAUUUCAAAGAAGGUAAAUAUGAAAUAGCAAUAGAAUGUUACACACGUGGAAUAGCAGCAGAUGGCACCAAUGCACUUCUUCCAGCAAAUAGAGCUAUGGCCUAUCUAAAAGUUCAAAAAUAUGAAGAAGCAGAGGAAGAUUGCACUCGAGCUGUGUUAUUUGAUUCUUCAUAUUCUAAAGCCUUUGCCAGAAGAGGCACAGCUAGAGCUGCUCUUGGAAAACUAAAAGAAGCUAUGCAAGAUUUCAAAAGUGUCCUGAAGCUGGAACCUGGAAAUAAGCAAGCAAUGAAUGAAAUAACAAAGCUUAAAAAUGAGUUAAUCGCAAAAGGUUUUUUGUCAGACAUUGAAUAUUUUGGACUACUACAGAAUGAAUCAGAAAUACAAAAUCUGGUAAAACCCAUUGAUAAACCCUUGCAUCUGAGAUCAGCUAAACCUUUAAGAAGAAUAAACAUUGAGGAAAUCAAUAAUGAUGUGCUAAAUGCAAAUUUGAUGCUCACCAGAGAAUCUGAGCCUAUUCAAUCUGUUUUUGAUAACCCAAAUGAAAUACAGGAAUUAAUAUCUAUUAAGAAUCAAAAUGAAGAUUUCUCUUCUCCAUCUGGGACUCCCAAAGCAAAGCUGCUGAAAAUAGAAGAAAUUGGUGAUGCUUUGUUGACCGAAUCUGUUAUCACAAAUGCUGUGAAAGAAAAACCGUCACUUCAGCCUAGUGUUAUAAAAAAACAAGCUAAGACAAAAAACUACAUUAUUUCUUCUGUGUCUGAAUUUUCCGUGCCUCCAGUCCCUGUAAAUUCUUUCCAACUUGAAUCAGAUUUCCGAAAAUUAAAAAGUUACCCUGAUCAAUUGUAUAGAUAUUUGAAGCAAAUUGAUCCUUCCCUUUAUCCUAACCUCUUCCAAAAAUCAUUGGAUCCAGAGGUUUUUUGCCAAAUCUUGAAAAUUCUACAAGAUUUUCAUACUAAGAAAGAAGAGCCUUUACUUAUCCUUGAAAUUCUGCACAAAUUAUCAGAAUCCAAAAGAUUUGAUAUGGCAGUUAUGUUUAUGUCAGAAUCAGAGAAAAAAAGUAUGAAGUUGGGGCAACUGAAUGGAGCUGAGUGUUUACUUGCUGGAUGCCCUUCAUGACACCUAUACGGAGUUCACAGCAGAUAGUUUCUCUUUGCAGCCUAAUAAAUAUCUAUCACUGCCUAGGGUUGAACUCAGCCUCUGGAGUAUGAGGCAAGGAUCUUCAUCGCUCUAGCACUGCUCUAGCAAUGGUUUUUAAGGAUCCAAUUUUGGACUGCUGAAAUCAAGAUACUUGUGUAAAACAACAGAAUCUUGUGGGGAAAGGAGGGCAGGCAGUAAAGAUAUAGAAGCCUGGAAAAUAGGUAUUUGAAUCCAACAGUUUAAGAACUACUGAAAUACAACUUGUGCAACUUGAGCUACGUGUGCAUGCACAUGCACGCUGGCCUAUCACUCACAUGAGUUUAGCUGCACGUGCACAUGUACAUGCCAGCCCACUGCUCACGCAGCCUGGUUCCUCUCUCUCCCCCCAGCUGGCCUGCCAAGCUGCAAAGGUUGGGGACCGCUGUUUAGAGUUUUUUUUAAUUGUAAAUGGGUUCUUGAAGGCUAGUCUUUCAGUAUCUUCAGUGAAUACAGUGUCAUUUCAAGAAAGAACAUUUUGUCCAUAAUCCAAUUAAGAAAAUGAAAACACCUUGUAGUUUCACCCAGAAGGCUGCACAUGUCUUACCCUAAAAGAAGUGAAAGUAACUCAGGAUCAUUUUUUUAAAAUAAGGCCUUGGGCAGCUCUGAUCAGAAGCUUGCUUCAUUCAUUUCUGUUGCCUGCUAGCUGAAUCGCUAGCAAAUCAGAAGAAAGGUAAUUUCAUGACAGUUUAGUAAUUCAGCACUGGGUAAAAUUAUAGAGUAAUAUAAAAUAAUUAUUUCAGCAUUUUGAAUGCAGAAAAGACAUGGAAAAAGAGAAAGAAGAAAACAAAAAUUUUUUUCUUCCAUUCUGAUUAUAGGAACAGGAACAGGAACAGGAACAAGAACAAGAACAAGAACAAGAACAAGAACAAGAACAAGAACAAGAACAGAAUAGAAUAGAAUAGAAUAGAAUAGAAUAGAAUAACAGAGUUGGAAGAGACCUUGGAGGUCUUCUAGUCCAACCCUCUGCUCAGGCAGGAAACUUAUACCAUUUCAGACAAAUAGUUGUCCAAUCUCUUCUUAAAAACUUCCAGUGUUGGAGCAUUCACAACUUCUGGAGGCAAAUUGUUCCACUUAUUAAUUGUUCUGUCAGAAAAUGUCUUCUUAGUUCUAGGUUGCAUCUUUCCUUGAUUAGUUUCCACCCAUUGCUUCUUGUCCUCCCCUCAGGUGCUUUGGAGAAUAGCUUGACUCCCUCUUCUUUGUGGCAAUCCCUGAGAUAUUGGAACACUGUUAUCAUGUCAACCCUAGUCCUUCUUUUCAUUAAACUAGACAUACCCAAUUCCAGCAACAUUCUUUAUGUUUAAGCCUCCAGUCCCCUAAUCAUCUUUGUUGCUCUUUUCUGCACACUUUCUAGACUGGUGAUGGUGAACCUUUUUGGCAUUGCGUGCCAAAAGUCUGAGCGUGAGAGCGCUCUCACGCUCCCGCAUGCCGGCACCCAUAAUGCAAUGCAGGCCCCCAUUUGUGCAUGCGCACAGGACACAUCCCCAUGCUCCCCUGCACAUGCACCCCGUUGCGCAUGUGCAUCCCCAAACAUGGCCCCCCUUUUUUCCAAGAGGGCCGGUGUUCUUAAUGGAGGACAACUAGGUACUGGCCUGUUCCAUGGCGAGACAGCCGUUCCCUGGCCAGCGCAUGGCGCUGCCAAGAUGGCAGGGCCAAGUGCACUGCCAGGGAAGCUCUGAACAUGUGGCUUGCCUGGACUCCUUUCUGCUGGGAGCCGCCGUUCCCUGGUUCAGUUCAGCACCCCCACCCGACCCCCACCACUGCACUGCCUGCGGUUGGGCCCGUCACCCGACCCCCGUCACACCUGCUGCUGCGCUGCCAACCGAGCCAACGCCGGGGAAGGAGCAGCGGACAGGGCAGCCAGCUGCCCAGCCAGCAAAUACUGCCCUGUGCACCUGAGCUGGCUGGUCGCUUUUGCCCUUCCCCCUACAGCCUGCGGCUCCGAGCAGGGAGGAGCCCAAGUAAGCCGCCGUGCGUUCAGAGCUUCCCUGUUGGAGCCGAGAGCACUUCUGCUGUAUGCCGCCAUCCCUUCUCUGGGGAAGAAGCGAGCUGCUGGAGGAGCAGGGAGCUGAUUGGGCGGCCUCCUCCGACCCAGCUGGCCUGCUCGCCAUGAUUGCUGGCGACAGCGGCAGCUUGCUUUCAUGCCCCGAGCGCAGUGCACAAACUUUCCCCGAUGCUUCCCAAACUUCGGUGCAGGGCUGAGGGCGGGCGGGCAGAGAGGGAGGAGCAGGCAGCUGCUAUGCCUUGGGCAGUGGUGGAAUUCUGCCAGUUCUAGGGGGUUCGGCCGAACCGUUUCUUAAAUUGCUGGCUCGCCCCCCCCCCCUUGCCCCACCCCUCCACACCACUGGGCGAGGGGUGGGCGAGCCAGCAAUUUAACAAAUGGUUCGGUGUUUUUUUAUAAUUUUAUUGGCCUUGCAGCUGCUGCAGGGCUUCAAAGAGCCACCCUACAGCUGAUCAGUGUUAAAAGAAAAGAAAUGAGUAGACCGACGCCUGCAAAAAUAAAUGGGUAGACCCAGUGGUGGGAUUCUACUUCGGUAGAACCGGUUGUUAAGUAGUUAAGUAGUUAAGCCAGUGGUUGCCAAAGUGGGCGGUACUGCCCCCUGGGGGGCGGUGGAAUGCCUUAGGGGGCGGUAAGAGGCAAGGGGGGUGGCAGGAGGGGCUAAAUGGCAAGGAGGGUGGCCCCCACCCUUUGCCCUGUGCCUCGCAGCACUUACCUCCUUGCAAGCAAACAGCAAGAAAAAAACAGCCCCUUCAGCUUCAGCAUCUGUUAAUUAGCACAAGUUGAUUAGAUCGGCCUCCCGCCUCUCAGCUGAUUUGCUCUCAGCUGUUUUGCCAGGGCUCUAUUGCUCUCUGCAAAGAGUGCUUGAGCAGAUUUUUUCCCCCUAGCCUAGCUAUGCUGAAAAAGCGAAACCGAAAGUAAAGCAGGGUCUUUGCUGCAACGUGACAAAAUGAGGCAGAGAGAGAUUUCUUUUUCCUCACCAAAAAAGGUAGGUGCAAACAAUGGGAAAUUUAGGGCAAAAGAGGAGAGUUCAAGAUUUUAAAACACAAAAGAAAAAAAGCUCUAUUUAACUAGGGAAUUGUAAUAAUUGAGAUACUAUUAAUUGUAUAUUGUGUUCGAAAGCAGAAAUGGUUAAGUUGUGGUUUGGAGGAAUAUAUGGGGGAAAUUAUUUGGUUUAUUAUUAUUGGUAAAUAUAAUUAAUUGAUUUGUAAGAAAUUGGAUUGCAUGGAAAUAAUUGGAAUAUUCAUGUUCAUAUUGAUUAAUAUACAAAAAAGGUAGUUAUAUAACUAAUUGAUUUAUAUUAAAAUGUUGAAUUUGUAUUAAACAACUGUAAUAUUACAUAAUUAACCAAUGUGAGGAUGGAUAUAAAAAUAGAUGACAGUGGGAAGGGGUAUAAUAUAGAAUAGAAGGGAAAAAUUGAAUUUGAUUAAGAUUAGAGAUGAGGAUGAAGGGUAAUAUUGGUUUUUUUAAAAAAUAGAUGAGGAAUAAAUAUGGCAAAAAGGAAAUAUAGAAAUUGUAAAUUUAAUUGAAAUGAUUAAACACUGUUUAAAUUUGUGAACCAGCCAAAUAUCUGUUCAAAGAAAAUACAUUGUAUGUUUGUA